UGAAGAGCAAGGCGCCUUCCCUAGGGGCACCAAAGUGACUGGAAGCGAUCUCAAACACUUCCGGAUUCCUUUCGAACCCGAAAGGCGGGAAACUGUAACAUAAGGAAAGGGAAAGGAAUCAAGAUGGGAAGAGGCAGGAGCGAUGUUGCCAAGUUUUUGAUGUUAGGAUGGGGUGUUUUCUGGGCAUUGUAGUCGAGAAAACAGAAGUCUUCAGUAGCCACCCGCCCCCCAAGUCGACCCGCAAGUGCAGCUUUUCAUGGAAACCGGAAGUAUAUGUAACUCUUGGGGGGGGAGGGCUUUCUUGCGCAUGCAUCCGGCCAACGGCUCCCGUUUCUCUUUUGCCAUGGAAGCUCCGCGGCGCGUGCCCCUCGGGGUCACGAGGAUCCUGGCGGACACAGACUGGUCUGAACCAUGGAUCUUAGGCCUUGUAUGUUUCCACGUUUCCUGUCUAUUUCUCACUUAUUUUUCCUUCCGCCACUACCACCUGCAAAUAGGACAUUUUCUUUCUAUCAUGGUCCUGGUAUUAUGUGCCGAAUAUAUAAAUGAAACAGCUGCUGCUAAUUGGAGAUUGUUUUCAAAACAUCAGUACUUUGAUUCAAGAGGACUGUUUAUUUCCUUAGUGUUCUCAGCACCAUUACUAAUAAAUGCCAUCAUAAUUGUGAUUGCCUGGGUUUAUAAAACAGUGAAUGUAAUGACAGAACUCAAGACAGUGCAACAGAAAAGAAAAGCAAGAAGAGAAAAUAAGAAAAGUCAAUGAACAGAUUUUUUCUUUAAUUUUGUUUACAUAAAAGCUGCCAUGCUGUUUUCUCUCUCUCUCUCUCAGCUAGUUCAUACUGAGGCAGCAGUAAAAUAUUUUCUGUGAGUAAUUUAAUGUGACACACAUUCAGUGUACUUUUAUACACUAAUUUAUUGAGAUUAAUGUUCUUUCAUCCAAGGUAAUUAUGGACUUUGUGCAACAAGUGUGCUAACAAGCCAAUGAGAAGCAAAAUAUAUGUGUAUGUACAUAUGUAUAUUCAUAAUUGCAGGCAUUCCAUUUCCUACCAGUUCAAAAUCAUAAAUGAAUGUCAUGCCCAUAUCGAUUGUCUCCCCUAUGGCAACUGUCAUAGCUUGCAAACUGAACAUGUAUAUAAUAUUUUGUUGUGUAAAACAGCAGAAACUGUAGAACUAAACAUAUUUAUUUCAAUAUAA